AUGGCAUCGCAGAUUCAUUUCUUGGAUAUCAAGGGGAAACCAUUAUUGUCAAGAGACUACAAGGGAGAUAUCCCUGCAAACACCAUUGAAAAGUUUCCUCUUUUGCUUUUGGAAUUGGAAAACACAGCCGAUGAAGGCGAAUACAAACCAUUUAUUAAUCACCAAGGGAUAAACUAUAUAUUCAUCAACCAUAACAAUUUAUACAUAUGUGCGUUGACUCGAAAGAAUGAGAAUAUAAUGACAAUUAUUAUUUUCUUGUCAAAGUUAGUUGAAGUGAUGACCCAAUAUUUCAAAUCGUUAGAAGAAGAAAGUAUCAAGGAUAAUUUUGUUAUUAUAUAUGAAUUGUUGGAUGAAAUGAUGGACUUUGGUGUACCACAGACUACAGAUACAAAGAUAUUGAAAGAAUACAUUACUCAAGAUUACUACUCGUUGAUCAAAAGUACUCCAACCCAUUUGGUUGCCCCACCAAAUGCCGUUACCAAUGCUGUUAGUUGGAGAAAGGACGGAAUACAUUACAAAAAGAACGAAGCAUUCUUGGAUGUGGUUGAAUCUAUUAACAUGUUGAUUUCUCCUAGAGGAGAUGUCAUUUCCAGCGAGAUCCUAGGGGAAAUCAAAAUCAAGAGUCAUUUGUCCGGUAUGCCAGAUUUAAGACUUGGAUUGAAUGAUAAAGGUAUAUUUACUGGCAACUCCGAUGCUGCCACAGAUAAUAACAAAAAUAUUGAAAUGGAAGAUAUAAAGUUCCACCAAUGUGUUCGAUUAUCCAAAUUUGAGAAUGAAAAAUUAAUCACAUUUAUUCCGCCAGAUGGAGAGUUCACAUUGAUGUCGUAUAGAUUAUCAUCGGCCCAAUUCCUUAUGAAACCAUUGAUGUUGGUAAAUUGUAAGACAAAAGUACACAAGCACUCAAGAAUUGAAAUUUUAUGUACCAUCAAGGCACAAAUCAAAAAGAAAUCGACUGCCAAUAAUGUUGAAGUUAUCAUUCCAAUUCCGGAGGAUGCUGAUACUCCUAAAUUCCAACCUGAAUACGGUUCUGUCAAAUGGAUUCCAGAAAAGUCCUGUCUUGUUUGGAAAUUGAAGACUUUCCCUGGUGGUAAGCAAUUUGCCAUGAGAGCUGAGUUAGGUUUGCCAGCUGUUAAUGACCCAGAAUCUAUAAUAAGCAAAAAACCAAUCAAGGUUAAUUUCUCAAUACCUUACUUUACAACCAGUGGAAUUCAAGUCAGAUAUUUGAGAAUCAACGAACCUAAAUUACAAUACCAAUCAUACCCUUGGGUUAGAUACAUUACCCAAUCAGGAGAAGACUAUAUAGUUAGAAUGAGAUAG